AUGCCAUCCCCUGAACUGACAGGUGGCCCAUUGCAGCCUGAGCAAUCGCCGAGAGACCCUCAAUCGGGUUCUCAGAACGGCUCUGGCGCGUCGGAUACGGGGGAGUUAAGCGACAGCAUCGACUUUGGAGCUCAGUCGAACGGUCAAGCACCAGACACAAUUGCUGAAGGAAAACAAAGCGCGAAAGCUAUGCUGGCUGCUUCAGGGAUGCCAGCACCCUCGGAGGGCAGUGAGGGUUCUAACGGUACCGCUCGUUCGAAUGGCAACGGUUCUGCAAGAAACCGAUCGAAUGACGGAUCUGCUGUACGAUCAACGGAGGUCUCUGGUGCCAUCCCCGUUCGCGCUCGCGAAACACCACUUGAUAAGAUCCUUCUUGAGCAGUAUGUGGAUCGCGAAUUUCAACACGCCGCAGCAGGUGCCUGGCAAAACCCCGGCCUUGAUUUGCAAAAGAAUAAGCGGGCAGAGCGCGACUAUUAUCUGGCAGUACGACGUGAAAAUCAGAUGAACCCGGCUGCCCUCUAUGGAGUGGGCUACGAGGGAUUUGGAAACCCGCGCACCGACCUUCGCAAUCAACAUCCUCAACUUAUGUACCCCGUCCACCGACGCCGUCCAGGAAACCGAAAGACGCGAGAACUCCGAGUUUCACGACGCGAUGCAAAGAUCCAAAGCGAACAGACGGAGGACCUCGUACCUAUUCGGUUGGAUAUUGACUGGGACAAGGUCAAGAUCCGCGAUACCUUCACCUGGAACCUCCAUGACCGAGUUGUAUCUCCGGACUUGUUUGCUGAGAAACUGGUCGAGGACCUGGGUCUUCCAUUGGAGACCUCGACCCCUUUAGCGCGGAUGAUCUCUCAAAGUAUACAGGAGCAGGUGAUGGAUUAUUACCCUCACCUUUCUGUCCACGAAGAUCCCCUCGAUGAUCAGCUACCCUACAGCGCAUACAAAAAUGACGAGAUGCGCAUUCUAGUGAAACUGAACAUCACGAUCGGUCAACAUACACUCAUCGACCAAUUCGAAUGGGAUAUCAAUGACGCCAAUAACUCACCCGAAGAGUUUGCCAUGCGCAUGACGGACGACCUGUCCCUCUCGGGCGAGUUCACCACUGCCAUCGCACAUUCAAUACGCGAGCAGUCUCAACUAUUCACUAAAUCCUUGUACAUUGUCGCUCACCCGUUCGAUGGUCGCCCAAUCGAGGACCCCGACCUACACACCUCCUUCCUCCCUACCCCCGUAUCUUCCGCCUUCCGACCAUAUCAAUCCGCCAAAGAGCACACUCCUUAUCUUUACGAAUUGAAUGAGGCUGAUCUUGAACGUACCGAAAUCUCGAUAUCUCGAGAACAGCGCCGCCAAAAGCGAUCCAUCAACCGACGGGGUGGCCCGGCAUUGCCAGAUCUCAAGGACCGCCAACGCACGAUACGCACAAUGAUUGUUUCAUCUGUGAUUCCCAACUCGGUCGGUACCUUCGAAGAAAGCAACGUGGUCAAGCGGACUAGCUCUGGUCGCCGCCGUGGAAUGACUGGACAGCGGGACGAUGACUCUGAUGAGUUUGAUAGCGAUGAUUCUUCUAUUGGGUCUCCGGCAAUAGGUCCCAAUCUCGCACAAGGCACUGCUCGUACAAGAGGUAUGCGGGGUGCGGCAAGUGCAGCUCAUGCGGCCCUUCGGCAAACAUUGGGCCAAUCUGCGACCCCUGAACCAGUGGCAUAUGAAGUUCGGGCCUCAUCCAGACGCCAGCAGUACAGAGAGGAAAGUGUGGAGGAGCCUGAAAAGUUGGUUGUGAGACUGAGGAUGCCACGAGAUAAGCUUGUCGAUUUGAGAAACGGAAAGCGAAUCUUUUCCUUCCAAGCUGGUGUCCAGCGAGCGAUGGCACCUCCACUCGAUAGACAGUCCCGACUUCAUGUUCCACCGCGACCACAACAAACCGGAGCUGUUGAUGCCCCGAACCCCCCGCAACCAGGUGUUUCUGGCCCCCCACCACCCCCCUGGCUCGCAGCCGGUCUCCAAAAGCUCAAACAAUCUCACCCAAAUGACUCUUUUGAAGGAGUGAUGCGAUAUUCCGCCGUCGACACCGAAACCCUCGCCCCAGUGGCCAACCCUAACAGUCUCUCGGACGGCCAGAAAGUCAAAUAUCAAUACCUCCCCCGCAUCCGCUGUCACGAUUGCCCCGGGAAGCUCUACACCCCAGGUCCAGGCAUGACCGUGGACAACUUUGAAGUCCACCUCCGCAACAGGCAGCACAAGGAGCGCGUCGAAGAGCGCAUCAAGAAUGUCGGCGGUGACAUCGGCAGUGCAAGUGCCAGCCCUGCCCCAGGAGCCAGAACCUCCACAAGCGCGAGUCCCGCUCCCGGAGCCUACGGAAUGCACGGUGCUUCUCCAUCCCCAGUCACUGGGCCUCAGCCAUAG